CUUUUACACCAUUUUUUUUGGCAAGCUGUGGAACUUUUCAUGCCUUAAUGUGUAUUUUUAGAACAUAACUUGAAAAGAUAAAACAGGUUAAGAAGUAAUUUCAAUGGUUGGAAGACAGUCGAUCCGUAUGGAUGGCACUGGAUCUGUGACAGUUAUGGAUGACAGUCCCGCGUCAAGCCCCAACUCGAGCCCUAGUCCUGACACGGACAGCCGGCGCGCAGAGGCCCUUUCCCGCUCCAGGGUGGUCCCGUCUAGUAGCCUCGGCGGCAGAGGAAGACCCGCGGCAGCCAAUGCGGCGCGGGAGAGGAGUCGCGUACAGACGCUCAGGCACGCGUUCCUCGAGCUACAGAGAACAUUGCCGUCGGUGCCACCGGACACCAAACUCUCCAAACUCGACGUCUUGAUAUUGGCGACCACAUACAUUGCUCAUUUAACCAGAACCUUGCAAGAAGAGGGGGUGGAAGAGGAUAACACAAAACAAGCUGAAGCUUUGAACUCACUCAAAGGCGAUGGCUACUUACAUCCUGUGAAAAAAUGGCCAAUGCGUUCAAGGUUAUAUAUCGGUGCCACUGGUCAGUUCCUGGGUAACUCAAAUGAAAACCAAGGGGCUUCUUCUUCAUCAUCAUCUCAAACAUAG